GUUACUGCCGAAAUUCUCUGUGGACUGCAGCACCUUCAUUCUCUUCAGAUUGUCCACAGAGAUCUAAAACCAGAGAACAUUCUUCUGGAUAACGCCGGGCACGUCAAGAUUGCCGAUUUCGGCCUGUCGGCAAUGUUCGUCACGGAGAAAAAACAGAGUCAAAAGUUGCGUGGGGACGCUAUGUUACAUGGCCCCUGA